AAAAAUUAAUGAAUUUCAUAAUUAGAUUCUCGCUGGGGACUAUGAUAUUAUGGGAGUAACAGAAACAUGGAUGCAUGUAGCAGUAAUAUAAAUCUUCGUCUGAUACUCGUCAGUGGCAAAACAAAAGAGUUCCUGUUUAGUCCGAGUGAUUCUGCAGGAGACAUUGCACAACAUGUUUUCGACAAUUGGCCAGACGAUUGGUGCCAAGAGGCGGUUUCAAAGGCUGAAAUACUCAGACUCAUUUAUCAGGGUCGUUUUCUACAUAGUAAUGUAACUUUAGGUGCUUUAGGAUUGCCAUUUGGGAAGACUACUGUUAUGCAUUUGGUUCCUAGGGAAACCCUGCCUGAACCUAAUUCUCAAGAUCAACGACAGAAAAGUAAAGGAGGAAACAGUAGUUGCUGUUCGGCAUCCUGUUGCAUUUUGUAAACUGUACGUCAUUCUUUUAUACAGGAAAACUAUAAAAAUAGAUGAGUAUUGUAUAUGGGACGAGAAUAACGAAGAAUGGGUCUCGAAACUAUGUGUAAUUUUAAAGUUUUAAUUUCAACUCGAUGCGGUUAGUAACUGUAACCAAAAAGUUUUAAGUAAAGUUGUGAUAUAUGUGUAUAAAAAAUGAUACUCAAUGUGCCAGACUUUUGAGUGUGUGAUCAAAGGAACUUCACAUUCAUAUUGUUAUAUUUUUUGUGUAAUUAAUUAUAUAUAAUUGUAUAUUGUGUUAUAUCGUAGAAAAAUUGUAAUAUUUUAUUGUUUUACUCAUUAUUCAUUCUUGCAAUUGUACAUUAUUUCAUCCUUAAACUAAGAAGCCAUCUAUACUUUGGUAACAAUCGUAAUAUUUAAUGAAAAUAUUACCUACUUAACGUAACCUGAAAGAUAAACAUAAUUGUGCUAGUAUUACAUGAAGUACUAUUCGAUAGAAGAAUGAUAUUUCAAAUUUCAUCCUUUACUUUUUCAAAUAACUCCUGGUAAUGUCAUCUCAGCUUUAAACAUUUUAUAAAUAAUCAUAACUGAUCUCAUAUAAGUGAUAUUUUUUAUAUGUGAUUAUUUUCAACUCAAGAAGAUCCAUUAUUUUUGAGUUUUUCAAAGUGGGUUUUGCUUUGCAAAGUUAUUUCUACAUUUCAUAUUCUAUCGAAUGGUAGAUAUGUAAUUUUUACAUCUAAAUUGCGAUACUUAUACUACAUUGUUUGGAUUAAUUAUCAAAUUUUGUUGGUGCAAGUAAUCCUGCUCUUAUUCUUAUUUCAAACACCAAGUAAGGAAUUGAACAUGUUCAUUAUCGAAAACAUGAAUAUUACCAGUGAAAUGAAUUAUGUGUAAAUUUAGUUUUGAUAUUUCAAUAAUUCAAGGAAAAAACUAUUUAUCUUUCUUUCGCAAUGAAGAAUGAAACCUUGAAGUUUUGAAAAUUUCACAAUUUAUGGUGUAGAGUCAAGUGAUCAGAACCUAACCAAAUAUGAUUUGUUGUUUGCAGGGAUUUUCCAAACACAAAAACACUAAUAAAACACUAUAAAUAUACAAAGCUAUUUAAAUAGCUAAAUUAAAGUUAUCUAACUUGUAAUUCAUUGCUUUAUUAAGGUAUUCUGUCAUUUCAACAAGAUUCUGGUUGCUGACUAAUAUAUUUUAAAUUGAAAACCUAUUGAUUUUUAUGACUACUUGUAACAUCAUUAUUCCACAAACUGUUUGUUUUCAAUUUUUUAUAUCUUCAUUCGUCUAUUGUAUAAAGACUUGUUUGUAGAAUAGAAAAUGGAUCUAGACAGGUAUAUUCUAAGCUGAACUUGAGUAAUCUUAUUUCUUAGGCUUGAUCUGUUGUAUCGAAGUAUUAGGAUGAAGUCUAAAGAAAUUAAUUUUAAAAAUUAUCAGAUUGGUUUGAUCAAAUGAAUGUUUAUAUUACAUAAUAUUUAAAAAGAACAAAAAUUGUAUUACUUAAGUAGAUAUAUUUGAGUUACCUCUUGUAACAACUAUAACAGAGUAUAUUUGAAAAAUUUUAAUAGUUUAGGUCAUGUCGACAUCCAUCUCUCAUCCCUCCAUCUUAUUUUCAUUUAUUUAUUACAACACAUCAACACCAAUUCCUUCCAAAUUUUAGCAAAAACAACGAGAGGUGUCCAAUUUUCUGUGUGUUUUCAAGGCAAUACAAAAUUUACAAACAUUUGAAAAUUGAUUUCCUUAAUACUGUGACUUAUAGUAACUUCAAUGGAAAUAAUAGGAAGUUAGAUCCUAUGACUAUAAGAGUGGUGUUUUCAAUAACUAACACCAUAUUAGCGAAGAUGCAUGUAUUUUUUUAUUCUUUCAAAUAAUUGAUGUGGUCCUCAAAAAUCUCGAACAGUACAACAUUUUUUUUCAUUGAAUGUAAUUGAGUAGUAUAUCUUCAAAUAUUUCAUUAAUUACAAAACAUCAGAUAAAUGAUUGUUUGAGAAGAGAACAUAAUUUUAAUUCUGAAAAAUUCCUCUUAGUAUCUGAUAUUUAUUGUGUUAUUGUUUGACGUAAACUAACUUUGAUUUGUGAUAACUUUACAAAAAAAAUAUCUUUAUUUAUUCACAAAAUUGUGAAAAAAUUACCAUUUUCUUCGUAAUAUGGAAGUGAGCCGGAUAUAUAUAUGACUCUGAAGAUUCUCACGGACAAAGUAUGAUGAGCUGUUUUUCCGGGAUGGCAAAUGAGAAAUUGCCAAACCAUUGUGGAAAUGAUCCUUUUCAUGAUCAAAAACACAGAACACGAAAUGAUACCCAAAAAAACAGCUCUGUCCGUGAGAAUCUUCGAGUCAAAGAAUUUCUAUUCGAUAUCCUGCAGAGGAGAGACAUUUCACUGAAAUCAGAAACACUGCUUCUUUCAAUCAUUAUCAUCAAUAUAUAUAGAGACCAAAAAACUCACCACAAUUGUAUUUUGAAAUAAUUUCAUAAAAAAAAUGAAACUAAAGUUACUUCUUCAGAUCAUGUGUUUGUUUUUGUUUCGAAUGAUCAAAUGAGUUUGAUCAUUUAUCGUAUCAGGUGAAAUUAAUGGGGAAUGAUAUUGAUACAUUUUGGAAUAGAGGGAUCAAUUUCAGAAAAAAAAUUAAAAAUAUUUUAUGUCCUUCAGAAAAAUUCAAAUAUGUUGAUGUCUCCCUAAGAUAGAUUUAAUAACAAACAAUCAUUUAAAUCUGCCAUUUAGAAAUUAAUAUUAUUGUAUACAUAUGUAAAACCAUAAUACUUACAGCUUUUUUGUAGCACAGAAAAUUUUGCAUCAUCCCGAUAUUUUUUGAAAACGGUGACUGAAAACACACUACAUACCAUAUAUUAGAUGUUAACAUUAUGAAUGUAACUAAAUGUGUUUUUCAUGUAAAUAAGUACAAAAUUAUAUUUGGACCAUCUUAUUAAUUUUUACGAAUUUGUUAUAAAGACAGGAAACUGCUCUUCCAAAAGUAAAUUAGUAAUCCAAUUUUAAUUGCCCUUUGAAUCUAUGGACUGGAAUGAAUAUCUGAUUUUAUUGAUGAUUAUUUUACUGAAUCAAAAUACUUUGAAAUUAACUUUGGAAGAAUUAACUGGAAGCAUAUUGUACAUACGAACAUUUCAUUCAAUAAAUGUAUUCUACAAA